AUGGUGAAAAAUUGGUCGUUAGGUAUCUUGGAGGAUCCGGAGACAACAGAGGUUCCAGGCACCGUCCUGCUACUCACCUCCACAACACAGGAGCCUCUUGGUCUCGAUGAGCUCCCCCGUGAGGAACAGAAGCGCACUCCGGACGGAACUAUUAUUCUUAAUCCCCAGCCGGAUGAUCAUCCUGAUGACCCGCUAAACUGGGCUAGCUGGCGAAGAGAUGUCGCGCUGCUGUGUUUGGGAUGGCACUGUCUUGUUGGUGGUGGCCAGACACCGGUUCUGGCGGCCGGGUUUAAUGAUGUCGCAAAGACGUUCGACGUCUCGAUCCCGGAUGUUGCGUUGACGACUGGCCUUUUCAUGAUGGGACUUGGUAUUGGUGCCCUGAUAUCUUCACCCACAGCUAUUAUUUUCGGCAAACGGCCCGUAUAUCUAUUCGGAGUUCUCAUUUUCCUUGCAUCUUCGAUAUGGUGCGCUGCAUCGAAAUCAUACGGGUCAUUGGUCGCGGGGAGAAUACUGAUGGGCAUUGGUGUUUCGCCGUGCGAGUCGCUUCCUAGCGCUACGAUUGCAGAGAUCUUCUUCUUGCACGAGAGAGCGUACCGUAUUGGUAUCUACACGCUGCUUUUGCUUGGUGGGAAGAAUUUGGUUCCGUUGGUCAGUGCGGCGAUCAUUGAGACAAUGUCGUGGAGAUGGGUGUUCUGGAUUGUCGCUAUUAUUGUCGGAUUUAAUUUGGGUCUCUUGUUCCUCUUUGUCCCGGAAACCUUUUGGGUCCGUACCCCUCGUGGAAAGUCACCCUCCUUCCUGCGCCGGGCUUCAUCUAGCAUAUUUUCGCAUUCCGGUUCAAGCAAGAAGAAGGAAAAGUCCAGGUCUCGACGAACUUCAGUAGACGUUCUACCUCCGGAUGGCAUCGCUAGACUGCCGGUCACCAGCGACGCAAUCGAAGGCGUUGAGCAAGAGCAAAAGGCCGACAUGAAACAUGCUCAUUUCGUUACGCCAGAGAAGCCCAAAGAUGAGAUCGAUGAGGUUUCACCACCAAAGGAAGUCUACAAGAUGGAUGGCGGAAAGACCUCGCGUGCAUCGCUCGACGAAUAUGUCCUCAAGGCUGCCGCACAACCGCUACCCUCAAAUGCAAACAUUGAAACCGCGGAACCUGUCACGCCCAAGACCUUCACUCAAUCAUUGACAGUUUACAGCGGUAUUCUCCGCCACGAAAAUUGGUUGAAGGUUGCUAUACGCCCUAUCAUUCUUUUUGCGUACCCUGCGGUUCUCUGGUCGACUGUCGUUUACUCGCUCUCUGUGGGCUGGUUGAUCGUGCUGUCGGAGACUGUCGCACAUAUCUACCAGGAGCAUCCUUAUAACUUUUCUCGUCUAGCAACGGGUUUGGUGUACUUGUCGCCGUUCAUUGGUGGUAUCAUCGGAACAGCAGUUGCUGGAAAGGUAUCUGAUAUCAUUGUUAGAGCCAUGAGUAGGGCAAAUGGAGGUGUUUAUGAGCCAGAGUUUAGGCUGGUAAUGGGAAUCCCUGUCGCGAUUGCUACUGCGAUUGGACUUAUGGGAUUCGGUUGGUCUGCGCAGGAGCGCGAUAACUGGAUGGUCCCGACUUUCUUUUUCGGUUUGAUCUCGUUUGGGUGUUCUCUUGGAUCCACAACUGCGAUUACUUUCUGCGUUGACUCCUACCGCCAAUACGCCGGUGAAGCACUUGUCACCCUUAAUUUCUCUAAGAACGUUUUCCACGGACUUGUCUUUUCCCUCUUUUUCAACCGGUGGCUCGAGGCAGACGGCUCAAAGACCGUCUUCCUGGCGCUCGGCGGAAUCCAUAUGGCCUGCCUGCUGUUCACCAUCCCGCUCUACAUCUAUGGAAAGCGGUUGAGAAUGUGGACCACCAGGGCCAAAUUGAUGGAGAAAUGGACUUGA